CCUGAGAGGUCGGCGGUCGAGCUCGCGGCCGUCUCCCGCCGCGGACGCUGGGACUUUGCUGCGAAAGACGAUGGUGGUCCUCCGCAGCAGCCUAGAGCUUCACAGCAACUCCGCCGCCUCGGCUACGGACUCCCUGGACCUGUCCAGCGAGUUCCUGAGUCUGCAGCCCAGCGGACGAAGGCGGCUCCGCUCGGCCGGCGUGGCGGAGAAAUCCGCCGUCACUGCGGGCGAUGGGUCUUCAGUUAAGGAAGUUGAAACCUACCACCAAACACGUUCUUUAAGGUCUUUGAGAAAAAAUGCACAGACUUCUUCAGAUUCCAGUUUUGAUAAGAAUAUGGAAAUGACGGAGAGACAUGCCAGCGUCAGGCAUUUCACAAGGCAGUUGGCCAGACAGCAGGCUGAUAAGAAAAAAGAAGAGUGCAAAGAAGACAAAGUGAUUGCAGUUACUCGGUCAUUGAGGACUAGAAACAUUGUUCAGACUACAGAGCAUUUGCAUGGAGAGAAUGGUGACGUUGAAGUUCGCCGAAGUUGUAGGAUUAGAAGUCGGUACAGUACUGUGAACCAGUCUGUACUAUUUGACAAACUCAUAACAAACACUGCUGAAGCUGUACUUCAAAAAAUGGACGACAUGAAGAAGAUGCGCAGACAACGAAUGAGGGAGCUUAAAGACUUAGAAGUGUACAAUGAAGCAGAAGAAGGCAAUCUUAAUAUGUAUACAAGAGGAAAACAAAAAGGUAUUCAACGAGCUGAUGAAGAAACAACCGAUAACCAAGAAGGCAGUGUAGAAUCAUCUGAAGAAGGUGAAGACCAUGAAGAUGAAGAUGAUGGUGAAGAUGAAGAUGAUGAAGAAGAAGAUGAAGAUGAUGAUGAUGAAGAUGAUGAUGAUGAAGAUGAUGAAGAUGAUGAUGAUGAAGAUGAAGAUGAAGAAGAUGGAGAAGAAGAUAAUCAGAAACGCUACUAUCUUAGACAGAGAAAAGCAACUGUUUACUACCAGGCUCCAAUGGAAAAGCCUCGUCACCAGAAAAAGCCCAACAUGUUUUACAGUGGCCCAGCUUCUCCUACAAGACCAAGAUACCGAUUAUCUUCUGCAGGAGCAAGAAGUCCUUAUUGUAAACGAAUGAACAGGCGAAGGCAUGCAAUCCACAGUAGUGACUCUACUUCUUCUUCCUCUUCUGAAGAUGAGCAACACUUUGAGAGGCGAAGGAAAAGGAGCCGUAAUAGAGCUAUCAAUAGAUGCCUACCCUUAAAUUUUCGGAAAGAUGAAGUAAGGGGAAUUUAUAAAGAUCGAAUGAAAAUUGGAGCAAGCCUUGCUGAUGUUGAUCCAAUGCAACUAGAUUCAUCAGUGAGAUUUGACAGUGUUGGUGGGCUGUCUAACCAUAUUGCAGCUCUUAAAGAAAUGGUAGUGUUUCCGUUACUUUACCCUGAGGUCUUUGAAAAAUUCAAAAUUCAACCCCCAAGAGGGUGUUUGUUUUAUGGUCCACCUGGAACUGGAAAAACUCUGGUUGCUAGAGCACUUGCCAAUGAGUGCAGUCAAGGGGAGAAAAGAGUUGCAUUUUUCAUGAGAAAAGGUGCUGAUUGUCUGAGUAAAUGGGUAGGGGAGUCGGAAAGGCAGCUGCGAUUGCUGUUUGAUCAGGCCUAUCAGAUGCGCCCAUCAAUUAUUUUCUUUGAUGAAAUAGAUGGUUUGGCUCCAGUACGGUCAAGCAGGCAAGAUCAGAUUCACAGUUCUAUUGUUUCCACCCUCCUAGCUCUUAUGGAUGGUCUGGACAGCAGAGGAGAAAUUGUGAUCAUUGGGGCUACCAACAGACUAGAUUCCAUAGACCCUGCUUUACGAAGGCCUGGACGCUUUGACAGAGAAUUUCUUUUUAGCCUACCUGAUAAAGAUGCUCGAAAAGAGAUUCUAAAGAUUCACACAAGGGAUUGGAAUCCCAAACCACUGGACUUAUUUCUAGAAGAACUAGCAGAAAACUGUGUUGGAUACUGUGGUGCGGAUAUAAAGUCAAUAUGUGCCGAAGCUGCAUUGUGUGCCCUACGUCGACGCUACCCACAGAUCUAUACCACUAGCGAGAAGCUACAGUUGGAUCUCUCUUCAAUCAAUAUCUCAGCUAAGGAUUUUGAAGUAGCUAUGCAAAAGAUGGUCCCAGCCUCCCAGAGAGCUGUGACAUCACCUGGGCAGGCACUGUCUGCCAUUGUGAAGCCACUCCUGCAAAGUACUGUUCACAAGAUCUUAGAAGCCUUACAGAGAGUAUUUCCACAUGCAGAAAUUGGAGCAAAUAAAUCAUUAGCCUCAGAUAUUUCUUGUCCUCUGCUAGAAAGUGACUUGGUUUACAGUGAUGAUGAUGCUCCACCGGUAUGUGAAAAUGGGCUUUCUCAAAAAUCCUUCAAUAAGGCAAAAGAAAAUUUUAAUUUUCUUCAUUUGAAUAGAAAUGCCUGUUACCAACCUAUAUCUUUUCGACCAAGAAUGUUGAUAGUGGGAGAACCAGGAUUUGGGCAGGGUUCUCACUUGGCACCAGCUGUCAUCCAUGCUUUGGAAAAAUUUACUGUAUAUACAUUAGAUAUUCCUAUUCUUUUUGGAGUUAGUGCUACAUCCCCUGAAGAAACAUGUGCCCAGAUGAUUCGUGAAGCCAAGAGGACGGCACCGAGUAUAGUAUAUGUUCCACAUAUCCACCUGUGGUGGGAAAUAGUUGGGCCAACACUCAAAGCCACAUUUACCACAUUAUUGCAUAAUAUUCCUUCAUUUGCUCCAGUUUUACUACUCGCAACUUCUGAUAAACCACAUUCUGCUCUGCCCGAAGAGGUGCAAGAAUUGUUUACUCAUGAUUAUGGAGAGGUUUUCAAUGUCCAGUUACCAGGUAAAGAAGAACGGACAAAAUUUUUUGAAGAUUUAAUUCUCAAACAAGCUGCUAAACCUCCUUUAUCAAAAAAGAAAGCAGUUUUGCAGGCCUUGGAGGUACUCCCAGUAGCACCACCUCCCGAGCCAAGACCAAUGACAGCAGAAGAAGUAAAGCGACUAGAAGAACAGGAAGAAGAUACAUUUAGAGAACUGAGGAUUUUCUUAAGAAAUGUCACACAUAGGCUUGCUAUUGACAAACGAUUCCGAGUGUUUACUAAGCCUGUUGACCCCGAUGAGGUUCCAGAUUAUGUCACUGUAAUAAAGCAACCAAUGGAUCUUUCAUCUGUUAUCAGUAAAAUUGAUCUACACAAGUAUCUGACUGUGAAAGACUAUUUGAGAGAUAUUGAUCUAAUCUGUAGUAAUGCUUUAGAAUACAAUCCAGAUAGAGAUCCUGGAGAUCGUCUUAUUAGACAUAGAGCCUGUGCUUUAAGAGAUACCGCCUACGCAAUAAUCAAAGAAGAACUUGAUGAAGACUUUGAGCAGCUUUGUGAAGAGAUUGAAGAAUCUAGAAAGAAAAGAGGUUGUAGCUCCUCAAAAUACGCCCCAUCUUACUACCAUGUGAUGCCAAGGCAAAAUUCUGCUCCUGCUGGUGAUAAAAAAUCCGAUGUGGAGCAGAAUGAAAAGCCAAAGACACCCAGUACUCCUGUGGCUUGCAGCACACCUGCUCAGUUGAAGAGAAAAAUUCACAAAAAGUCAAAGUGGUGUGUAGGCACCAAAGCAAAACGAAGGAGAAUUUCACAGGCAAAAGAUGAUAGCCAAAAUGCUGUGGAUGACCAAAUGGAGAGUGAUGCAGAGGAAGCUCAGGAUACAAGUGUAGAACAUAACGACACCGGAAACACAGGAGAGUCUUCAAUAGAAGAAAAUGAGAAGCAGCAAAGUGCCUGUGAAAACAAAAUUGAGUUGGGAAAUAAUAGUCCCAGUAUUUGUAAUACUGAAAAUGAACUUGAAGAAUCUACAAAAACUACAUGUACAGAAUUGAGAAAAGAUAAGAUUUCUUGCAACGGAGAUGCUUCUAGCUCUCAGAUUGUAGAUAAUUCUGAUGAAAAUGAAGCAAAAGAAAUGUGUAUUCUACGAAUGACUCGAUCUAGACGUUCUCAAGUAGAGCAGCAGCAGCUCAUCAGUGUCGAAAAGGCUUUGGCAAUUCUCUCUGAGCCUACACCAACACUUGUGGUGGACCAUGAGCAAUUAAAAAAUCUUUUGAAGACUGUUGUUAAAAAAAGUAAAGAAUACAAUAUAUUUCAACUGGAAAAUUUGUAUGCAGUCAUCAGCCAGUGUAUUUACCAGCAUCGUGGGGACUAUGAUAAAACAACACUUACACAGAAAAUGGAGCAAGAAGUAGAAAACUUCAGUGGUUCCAGAUCAUGAUGAGGUUUUUUAUAUUCAGUUCCUAUUUAAUUUACUUCUGUCAUAACAACAUAACUGAUGGAAGAUGAAACACUCAUCUUCAAGAAAAAGAUUAAAGUAGUAAAAUAAAAGUAUUUAAACUUUUCUGAUGUUUAUGUACAUGUGUAAGAUAACAUAAAUAUUAGAAUUUUGAACAAAACACUGUAGUAAUAGUAAUAGUUGAAGUUUGGCCAGUUCUUAAUAAAGCUAUUUUGAUAACUAA